GAGAGAGCUGUGACAGCGCUCAUCACCCACUGAACAACCAGGACGGGUUGCAUCCGAGCAAUCGCUGCCAUUCGCAGACGGAGUUUACAGCCUUUGCGCCGCUUUUUCUUUCGAUCUUUUUCUGCCGCACCCCCUCCCUCUCCCGGUGCUGCCCAGCAAGUCGACCAUGGUUUCUAUAAUUUCAGACCUGGACCCUCUGAAAAGCUGGAACGUGUUAAGGCAGGACGCCAGUGACCUCUCUGGGCCGAUACAAAGUAACGGCACGGCCGGGAAGAUGAACGGGGCGUUGGAGCAUUCGGACCAGCCAGACCCGGAUGCCAUCAAGAUGUUUGUGGGCCAGAUCCCGCGCUCCUGGUCAGAGAAGGAGCUGAAGGAGCUGUUUGAGCCGUACGGAGCCGUCUACCAGAUCAACAUACUCCGAGACCGCAGCCAGAACCCUCCACAGAGCAAAGGCUGCUGUUUUGUCACGUUUUACACAAGGAAAGCUGCCCUUGAAGCCCAGAAUGCACUGCAUAACAUAAAGACCUUAACAGGGAUGCACCACCCUAUUCAGAUGAAACCUGCAGACAGUGAGAAAUCUAACGCGGUGGAAGACAGGAAGUUGUUCAUCGGCAUGGUGUCGAAGAAGUGCAACGAGAACGACAUCCGGGUCAUGUUCUCUGCGUUCGGACAGAUCGAGGAGUGCCGGAUCCUCAGAGGGCCCGAUGGACUGAGCAGAGGUGUGUGUCGCUCCGACUCACUUCCAUCCACACGAUGUGCGUUUGUCACGUUUUCCACCAGAGCUAUGGCACAGAAUGCAAUCAAAGCCAUGCACCAGUCUCAGACUAUGGAGGGCUGCUCGUCUCCCAUCGUGGUGAAGUUCGCCGACACGCAGAAGGACAAGGAGCAGCGGCGUCUGCAGCAGCAGCUGGCGCAGCAGAUGCAGCAGCUCAACAGUGCGACGACCUGGGGGAGCCUGACGGGCCUGGGCGGCCUCACCCCGCAGUAUCUGGCUGUAAGGAGAGCCGCCGCGUCGCCCACCUCCACCAUCACCUCCUCCACCCCUUACUGCAGCCCCAUGGCCAACGCCGCCGCAUUGCUUCAGCAGGCAACCUCCUCUGGAAACCUAGGAGCCUUCAGCGGGAUCCAGCAGAUGGCCGGUAUGAGUGCUCUGCAGUUGCAGAACCUGGCCACUUUAGCAGCGGCGGCGGCGGCGGCCCAAAACUCAGCCAGUCCCUCCACCGCAAACCCCCUGUCCUCCAACGCCGCCUCCCUGGGAGCCAGCAGGCACCACAGCCAGCUCCAACGCCGGUGCCAUGAACUCUCUAACCUCUCUGGGCACCCUGCAGGGCCUGGCAGGUGCCACUGUGGGCCUGAACAACAUAAAUGCACUAGCAGGUAGCAUCAACAGUAUGGCGGCUCUUAACGGAGGCUUGGGCGGCGCAGGGCUUACCAACGGGACGGCAGGCACCAUGGACGCGCUGACGCAGGCUUACUCAGGGAUCCAGCAGUACGCCGCCGCAGCGCUGCCCACCCUCUACAGCCAGUCCCUGCUGCAGCAGCAAGGGGCUGCUGGCAGCCAGAAAGAGGGUCCCGAAGGUGCCAACCUGUUCAUCUACCACCUGCCCCAGGAGUUUGGAGACCAGGACAUACUCCAGAUGUUCAUGCCUUUCGGAAACGUGGUCUCUGCCAAAGUCUUCAUCGACAAACAGACAAACCUUAGCAAGUGCUUCGGCUUCGUCAGCUACGACAAUCCAGUGUCGGCACAGGCAGCCAUCCAGGCCAUGAACGGCUUCCAGAUCGGCAUGAAGCGGCUGAAGGUGCAGCUGAAGCGCUCCAAGAACGACAGCAAACCGUACUGAUCUUAGCACUAGGGUCUAUCUGCUCCCCAUGUUAGCACUGCUAGGAACAACCCAUCUCCAUGCCUGUUAGCUCAUCGUUUGCCUAGCAUGUCUCCGUGGCGUCCCCCCCCCCCAAAAAAAAAACUUUAAACAAAACAAAAACAAAAAAAAGAUCCCCACCAAACAAAAAAAAGUGUCAUCGUCCUCCUCCUCCUCCCCCGUCAUUGUUUUUUCUGAUGUCUUUUCCGAGCUCACCUGAUCAUAACCUGGUUCUCCUCCUCCUCCUCCUCCGCCGCCUACUGACCUUUUGAACUUUGAACUUUUAGCUUUUUUGGACUUUUUGAUUUUUAGGAUUUUUUUUUCUCUUUUGUUUGUUUGUUUUGUUUGUUUUUUUGCAUGUGACCUCAUUUGGAUCUGUUUUCCGGGAGGGUUUCAGGGAGGGAGUGAGGCGAUAAGGGAGGGGUGGGUAAGAAAAUGAAUCAAUGUGAAAAAGAUAUAAAGCUGCAUUCAUAUGAAAAACAAAAAAGACUGCGAUUUUUAUGGAAAAACAAAUGUUCUUUUUGGAGAAAAAAAACAACAACCUGUGGCAAAGUGAUUUCCAUUCAGAAUGUUUUCUUGCAUUUUUGUUUUGGUUUUGUUUCUUCUUCUUUAUGUCAGUUUUUUUUCUUUCUUUUCUUCUUCAUUUAAAGUAAACUUGAAAGUUCACCACAGGAAUUGGCGCGUCAUCUUGCUUCUGGCGCCGAUGAGAAACAGAGCGCGGGCCAGAAGCAGUCCGCGCCAGUUUCUCUGAGAAAUAAGACUACUUCCAAACAGUUUUGAGUAAAAACUGUCUGAUCAAUAUUAGACUCUCUCAGAGCUCUCCAAUGGUUUUUACAUUUUUCAGGCAGUGUAAAGUUUUUUGAUAAGGCCAUUUUAAGUGGCUCUGUUUCUCAUUCAAAGUCUAUAUAUAGAACCACUUUUUUCUAGAGUAGUUUAAAGGUAAAAAUAAAAAAGACAUUUGCCCUGUUUGGGUGGGAGAAAUGCUACCUACUUGUGUCACCUUUUGCUGAACUGACUCACAGAUAGACAAUCCGUGGUUUAAAUGCACAUGAUGAAAUGACCUAUAUUUUCUACUGUUUAAAUGUAUAGAGGAAAAAAAAAUACUAAGAUACCUGUAACCUGCGUUAACGUCGGUGCUUCUCGUGAGUUUAGUUGUGGUUUCAUCACAAGUCUAACGGUCUUAAAUGUUCUCAUGUUUUUCAAGAGAAGACUAAAAAAUCAGUUUACUUGAACAAUAGACAAAGCCUUUCAUAUUACUAUAAUAGUUACUUUGUUGUUUUUCUUUCAUUUUUUUUUCUUCUUUUUUUAAGGAGUCCCUAUUUGCUAAAUUUCUUGUUGGUUAAUUAGCUAUAUAAAAUUCCUAAAAAUAUAUAUAAAUAUAAAUAUAUCUAUAUAUAUAUAUAAUGUCAGCUUGUGAAGCAUCAAUGUCAUUAUUAUUUUAUUUCUCUCGUGGGAAACAAUAUUUAGAUGUGUUUUGUUGUUCAGCAAAAUGUCUUAUAAAGAAAAAAAGACAAGAUCAGUGGAGUUUAGUGCCAAAUUCUGAAGGUACUUCCUGCCUAGCGCGUCAGUGUAUUUCUUGUGAAAUUAUUUGAUAACAUGGGUAUUUUAUUAUAAGUGUUUUGUAUGGAUCCCUCAUAUUUAAAAUAUAGAUUUAAAAAAGAGUUUGUUAACUUGCUAUUCUGUGGUCUUGUUGCCUGAAAAUGUCAUGUUUGCUUUUUUCUUUGUAAAGAUGUAAAAAAAAAAAAA